AUGCUGGCUCCUGGGAGUCAGCACCAGGGCCAGGGCCAGGACCAGGACCAUAUCCUAGAAGAGAACCCAGAACCCACUGCCCAAGAGCCGUCUGAGGAAGAAGAGAAAGUCGAGGACAAGUCUGAAGCUGAAGAGAAAGUCGACGAGGACGAGGCAGAAGUCGGUGUCGGUGACAGAAAGCUAAGUUCAGAAGAACGCCGGGAAACCCACAGUGAUGGAGAGCUGCUGUCACUGCCGGAUGAUGGCCAAAGGCCAACAGGUACCCCACCUCAAGGCCAAGAGCUGCCUCUGCCACCGGCUACCCCAGCCGCGGCUGACCCCGCAGUCUUGAACCCAGAGGGGUACCCAAGGCUUCCUGAUUUCCAAGCGGGUGGCAUCCGUGCACCCACCCCGAUAGCUGUAGCAAUCCCCAUCCCAGUGCAAAUCAGAACUGAAUCCGGCCGCUCCAGAACCGUACACGUGAUCGCUUCUUGCUUCAUCGAUGGACUUAUGGAACAGAGUUCGGGUCAACAAGCAGCUAGAGAAGAUAACGAAGAGCAGCGCCCUGCGGAGGCAGGAGGGGAAGGAAGACAUUCUGACGAGGAAAGACCCUCUGAGAUUGGCUUCGCUGGCUUGGGCUUGGGCCUGGGCUUCGGCGCCGAGGUUCAGGCCGGGCUGGAAGAGCUCAUGGAGGCCGGCUGGAUCGGAGGAGAAGAAGGAGCUGCGGCAUCUGCCGCCGCCGCAGCAGCAGGAGCCGCGGCGGCGACAGCGGCAGUGGUGGCCGCCGCAGCAACAGGUGGAAGAAGAAGCCGAAGAAGAAAUCGAAACAGAGCCAACCAGGAGGAGCAGGCUGGUGGAGCCGAGGCGCCCAACGUGGGCAACCCACCAGCCUCGGCAGCCCCAGGAGCCUCGGCGGCCUCAUCCACGGUCGCGACCCCAGUGAACGAAACAGCCCCGCCAGUCGAACCAGACCUAGCAGAGGGAGCAGGAGCCAGGCUGGCCCAAGCCCCCGCAAAGAAGCCACGCAGCGAACGAACCACCUUCACAGCCCUCCAGCUGGAAGAGCUGGAGCGGGCCUUUCAGGAGUGUCAAUACCCGGAUGUCUCAGUCAGAGAAGAAUUAGCUCUUCGCUUGGAUCUUACUGAAGCAAAAGUUCAGGUUUGGUUUCAGAACCAUAGGGCCAAACUGCGCAGGACGGGAAUGUUCAGAAAUUUCAACGACUCAACCUUUGAGCCGCCCCCAAACUACUUAAGAGAUGCCCAGUUAAUUGGAAACCAUUUCAAUGCUCUCUGGAGAGGUAUGCCUUACGCGAUGCCCAUGCUACACAUGAUGCCGCCCAUUGCACCACCCAUGCCGCCACCUGUGCCGCCACCCAUGCCGCCACCUGUGCCGCCACCCAUGCCGCCACCUGUGCCGCCACCUAUGGUGCCGCCCAUGGCACGACCUCUGGUGCCACCCAUGGCUGCACACAUGAUGCCAGGUUUGGUGCCACGUAUGGUGGUACCCAUGAUACCACGCAUGGCUAUGCCACCCAUGAUGCCACCUAUGAUGCUGCCCCAUGUAGCACCACCUAUGAUUCCACCCAUGGGACCAUUUAUCCCACUAGGUAUGCCACCACGUGUAGCAGUACCUCUAGCUCCACUUGUAGUACCACGUUUAGUAGUACCAUAUGUAUUUCCACCUGGAGCUCCACCUGUGGCACCAUUUGUAGGCCCAAACCCAAAUGCAGCACUUGGCAUACCACCACCUGGAGCUCCACCUAUGGCACCACUUGUAGGCCCAAGCCCAAACGCAGCACUUGAUGCGCCACCACCUGUAGCUCUACCUCCAAUACCACUUAGAGCAGCACCCAUAGCUGCAGGCCCAGGCCCAGAUGUAGCACCUGCAGGCCCAGUCCUAGAUGCAGUACCCUCAGACCAAGGCCAAGCCCGAGACGCAGCACCUGUAGCCACAGGCCCAGGUCCAGACGCAGCACCCGAGGACCAAGGCCAAGCCCGAGAUGCAGUACCCACAGCCGCAGGCCCAUGCCCAGACGCAGCACCCGAGGACCAAGGCCAAGCCCAAGAUGCAGUACCCGCAGCUGCAGGCCCAGGGCCAGAUGCAGUACCCACAGCCGCAAGCCCAUGCCCAGACGCAGCACCCGAGGACCAAAGUGAAGCCCGAGAUGCAGCACCCGCAGCCACAGGUCCAGGCCCAGACGCAGCACCCGAGGACCAAGACCGAGACACAGCACCCGCAGGCAAAGGCCCAGUCCCAGACGCAGCACCCGAGGGCCAAAGCCAAGCCCAAGACGCAGCACCUGCAGCUGCAGGCCCAGGUCCAGACACAGCACCCGCAGGCCAAGACCGAGCCCAAGACACAGCACCCACGGGCCAAAGCCAAGUCCGAGAAGCAGCACCUGCAGGCAAAGGCCCAGGCCCAGACGCAGCACCCGCAGACCAAGGCCAAGGCCGAGACACAGCACCCACAGGCAAAGGCCGAACCCGAGAAGCAGCACCUGCAGGCAAAGGCCGAGCCCGAAAUGCAGCACCCACAGGCCGAGCCCGAGACGCAGCACUUGCAUCCGCAGGCCCAGACGCAGCACCCAGAGACCAAAGCCGAGGCCGAGAUGCAGCACCCGUGGGCAAAGGCCGAGCCCGAAACAAAGCACCCACAGCCGUAGCACCCACAGGCCCAGACGCAGCACCCUCAGACCAAGGCCGAGCCCGAGACGCAGCACCUGCAGGCAAAGGCCGAGCCCGAAACACAGCAUCCGCGGGAAAAGGCCGAGCCCGAGACACAGCACCUGCAGGCCCAGAUGAAGCACCCACAGACCAAGGCCGAGCCCGAGACGCAGCACCUGCGGGCAAAGGCCGAGCCCGAAACGCAGCACCCACGGGCCAAGGCCGAGCCCAAGAUGCAGCACCCGCAGUUGGAGCACCCGCAGGCCCAGACGCAGCACCCACAGGAAAAGGCCGAGCCCGAAACGCAGCACCCACAGGCCCAGACGCAGCACCCACUGACCAAGGCCGAGAUGCAGCACCCACAGGCAAAGGCCGAGACGCAGCACCCACGCGCAAAGGCCGAACCCGAAACACAGCACCUGCGGGCCAAGGCCGAGCCCGAGAUGCAGCAACCACAGCACCCGCAGAUGGAGGCCCAGGCGCAGCAUCCGGAGACAGAGGCCCAGACGCAGCACCCGUGGGCAAAGGCCGAGCCCGAGACACAGCAGCCGCAGCACCCGCAGACGGAGGCCCAGACGCAGCACCCGCAGGCAAAGGCCGAGCCCGAGACGCAGCAGCCACAGCAGCCGCAGCAGCCGCAGCCCCCGCGGGCCAAGGCCGAGCCCAAGAUGCAGCAGCAUCUUCACGUCAGCACAAUAAAUGAUGGCCCAUAGAACUCCCAUCAGACCCAUCUCUGCCUCCUCUGGAUCCAGUCACAGUUGAAAGAAAAAGACAACCAGAUCAAAAUCUUUCUAUUUAAGCAUCAUAUCAGUCUUGCAACCACUCUUUGACUACAAGGAAAAACAGGUUUUACCCAUUAGCAAGGAAAAACACCUACAUUGAGUCCUUCCAUAUGAUACCCAUAUUGAGUCCUUCCAUAGGACACCCAUAUUUAGUCCUUCCAUAGGACACCCAUAUUUAGUCCUUUAAUAUGACACCCACAUUGAGUCCUUCAAUAUGACACCCACAUUGAGUCCUUCCCCAUAGGACACCCACAUUGAGUCGUUCCAUCUGGCCAACUGGGCCAGGGCAGGACAUGGAAGCAGGAACAACACUACUGUGGGUUAUUGAUUUAAAAAAAAUAUAUGAGAUUGGGUGGUUAGCCCUCUUGUAAAGCCUUCCAUAUGAUGCCCAUAUUGAGUCCUUCCCCAUAUGACACCCACAUUGAGUCCUUCCCCAUAUGACACCCACAUUGAGUCCUUCCAUCUGGCCAAUUGGGCCAGGGCAGGACAUGGAAGCAGGAACAACACUACUGUGGGUCAUUAAUUUAAAAAAAUAUAUAUGAGAUUGGGUGGUUAGCCCUCUUGUAAAGCCUUCCAUAUGAUGCCCAUAUUGAGUCCUUCCCCAUAUGACACCCAUAUUGAGUCCUUCCAUAGGACACCCACAUUUAGUCCUUCAAUAUGACACCCACAUUGAGUCCUUCCAUCUGGCCAAUUUGGCCAGGGCAGGACAUGGAAGCAGGAACAA